AUGCACGAAACGUGGCGCUCUGGAAGUGGAGAAGAAUUUGUACGUGCCAUGAAUAUUUGCGAAGAACGGCUGCUCCAAGCGCUGGACGCCGGACACUACUCACUAGCUAUCGCAUGUGCGCGUUUUCUCACCGUUAUUCUUGAGCUGGCACUUGAACAUCAAGAUAAUACAACAAAUGCACUGCGGUCACCAUCGUCGUCGUCACUACGGCUACUCGUACAUCGAUCCUUUGAAAGUAACAAAGUGUCUAGCGAAGCAGUUUCCGAUCUCCAAGUCAUUGCUUCGCGACUCAGCAAACGGAUUGAAGAAUCACAUUUGGGUCAACUCGCACGGUACAUUCUCAGGUUACAAGCGCGUUUAUUACUGCUAUUGGAUGAUGAAGCCUGUACAACAUCUUUUAGUAAUAAUUUUGAGCGCAUGGUGACAAGUCAAAGUGAUGCUGCUGUACAACUCUUCAACCCAUAUCUUUUGGAGAUUUCAAGUGGUUGUCGUGAUACAUCGGAUUGGUUUCCAAGCACAGCUUUACAGGCGCUUGGGGCUAGCAUCGAUCGACCCAGGCUUUAUGUCAGUAUUGUAGAGCUACUAUUGCGCACACCAGGCAUUCAUUUUAGCGAACGCCAUGAGUUGUCUGAAAGAAUCAUCAACUACCUGGAAGAUUUCGGGGCUUGGGAUCAAGGAAAGCAAACAUACACUAAUAAUGGCUGGUACUUGUACAUUAUUGCGUCUGAAGCCGGCUGCAACGGAUGGCACGAAAUCAUGUAUCAUGUCUUAGAAAGUCUUGGUAAAAUGGUAUGUAAAGACGAAACGUACGAAUGUGUAUAUGGAUUUGAGGUACUGAAAAAUUUCUUCCUCGUGUAG